UCUCAUUUCUUGGUUUCGGUUAUUAGUUAACUAAGCAGCUACGUAUAGUAGCUCUCCAUUAUUUACUUCAUAUCCAAAUAAAGCAAGCUAAGCUAUAUAAAUAUUUAUCACCUUUUUCAUAAUUUCCAACCAAAGCAUUGCCUUCAAAUUAAACUCUCUCACAUCUCACCACCGCAAAUGGGAUUUGAUGAAGACACCAUCUGCAACACUGCCCUCACUCUCAGCCUCCUCGGAUCCCACCACGACGUCGUUUUCGCCCCCCGGGAAAACAAGAAAUCCGCCUGCCUCCGCCGCCCCUCUCUGACCCUCGGCGGCCCGGCGGCGGCGGCAGAGUUGAAGUUGGAAGUGGCGGCGGAGGAAUUGGAAGAUGGAACCACGAGCAUGACGUCGUCGUUUUCCAACUCGAGUAUGAAGAGGGAGAGAGAAAUCGGCGGCGGAGAAGAAGAGGAACCCAAGGGAUCGUCCGGUGAGGAUGAAGAGGUUGUUGGUACGAGGAAGAAACUUAGGUUGACCAAGGAACAAUCACUUGUUUUGGAAGACAGCUUUAAAGACCACAGCACUCUUAAUUCUAAACAAAAGGAACACUUGGCAAGAAGACUAAAUUUACGACCAAGACAGGUAGAAGUGUGGUUCCAGAAUCGAAGAGCCAGGAAUAAGCUGAAACAGACGGAGGUGGACUGUGAGCUACUAAGAAAGUGUUACGACACCUUAACCGAUGAAAACCGAAGACUACAGAGAGAAUUACAAGAGCUGAAAGCCAAGACGCCGGCGGCUGCGGCGGCGCAGCCAUUUUACAUGCAGAUUUCAGCCGCUACGCCUCUCACCAUGUGCCCUUCCUGUCAGCGUACUUACGGCGGUUCCGGCGACAACUCCGCCGGAGAAAAGUCUCAUUAUUAUGGCUCUAAGCAUAACGGAACCAUUGCCUGUUAGACUGUUAAUCAGGAUGUGAAAAAAUCAUGAAUCGUCAGUCAAUUGGAAGCAUCUAGAGUCCAGACAAACUUUAUUCGUCAAAAAGCGCAACAGGUACACCUGUUUUUCCACUACCGGUAAUCCGUAGCAGUAUAAUACCACUUUAUGUACUGAAAAGGAAUUACGUGUUUGAAGAGAAUCUUCAUCACUUACUAUGUAAAAAUUAAAAUUAAAAGAUAAAAGACAAUUUUCUCUCUUUCUUUUUAAAAUUACGAAAUAUAUUAUAUUCUACUAGCAUUUGUAUUUUGUAAAAUAAGACUAAUUCAAUGAAAUCACGAUCUUUUAAUGAUAA